UCGCCGGCUCAACAGAAAUUUCCACCCAUCCGCCAUGGAUUUUGCCGAUUUGCAGAUUCCCCAUAGCAGAACCUCACAAACACAACAAGCCAAUUCUUCUCACGUAACUAAGAAACCCAAACUUCCCGUCGACUUCACUGAUCAAAACAGAACAGGCAAAGUGACAACUUAUCAAAUCUUAGGAACCGAUUGCCGGCCCCGGUCAAAUUGUUACUAUGACCAGCAAUAAUUCGUCAUCCCAAACGGCAACGCCAGCCCUGCAAUUGCUUCACCAGCAUGGACUCCAGCUUAGUCAUCGUCGUCUUACUGACGUUUCUGUUCUCAUCACAAGCUUAUGUAUCGUCGGGAAUGGAGGUUCCUCAGAGAGGGCCCGUGGUCCCCACUACGCCCCUUCUGGCAUUCCUCGAACGAGUUCAAGAAACCGCUUUUCAGGUUCUUGGCGGGGAGAGGGGGUUCGAUUUUAAAUCCUACAUUGAUAUGUCUCUCAAGUUCAAUCUGUCACACACCCAGAAGGUGUUUGAUGGAUUGCCAAGGAGGGCAAAUGGGGGUGUCCCGGUUCAGGAGUUUCGGAAGUUUGUGGCACAGUACUUUGACGAUGCUGGGAGUGAUCUUCUGUUGCAUGAGCCGGUGGAUUUUGUGGCGGAGCCUGAUGGGUUCUUGCCUAAGGUGAAGAACCAGAAGGUCAGGGCUUGGGCACUGGAAGUUCACUCCUUGUGGAAGAAUCUGAGCAGGAAAGAAUCGGAUGAGGUCCACAAACACCCUGAACUCCACACUCUGCUUCCCCUGCCGGAACCGUCGAUCGUCCCAGGUUCAGGAUACCGGGAGCUCUACUAUUGGGAUUCUUACUGGGUCAUCAGAGGUCUGCUGGCAAGCAAGAUGUAUGAGACUGCCAAAUCGAUCGUCACUAAUCUGUUAUACUUACUGGAUACAUAUGGCCAUGUCCUGAAUGGUGCAAGGGUCUAUUACACUAACAGAAGUCAGCCUCCCCUUCUUAGCUCAAUGGUGUAUGAGAUAUACAAGAGAACACACGACACUGAGUUUGCUGAGAAGGCACUUCCUGCACUGAUCAAGGAGCAUAGGUUUUGGACUUCUGGGGAACAUAAUGUCAAUGUCCAUGAUGCUAAAGCUGGCAAGCAUAGCUUAAGCCGGUAUUAUGCAAUGUGGAACAAACCUCGGCCUGAAUCUGCAAUCUUUGAUAAGGACUCUGCUGCCAAUAUAUCUAAUGCUUCAGAGAAGCAGCAAUUCUAUAGAGAAGUUGCUUCAGCGGCUGAGUCAGGAUGGGAUUUCAGUUCAAGAUGGAUGAGGAAUGCCUCGGACUUCACUACAAUGUCAACAACAUCUAUCUUGCCUGUGGAUCUAAAUGUUUACUUGCUGAAGUUGGAACUUGAUAUCAUAAACUUAGCGCAUACCACGGGAGAAGACACUGUCGCCGAGAUCUUCUCUAAGCUCUCUAAAGCAAGGGAAGAAGCUAUAAGAUGUGUGUUCUGGAAUCCGCAGAAGGGGCAGUGGUUUGAUUAUCGACUUCAUGAUAAUAACGAUGGAUCCAGUCAUUCUCACGCAUGGAAAGGUUCACAGCAAAACCAGAAUGCAUUCGCCUCCAACUUCAUCCCCUUGUGGAUUGAUCUGUUCCAUUCAGACACCACGCUGGUGGAGCAAGUGAUGCAGAGUCUAGAAACUUCUGGUCUCGUUCGUACUGCAGGCAUAGCCACUUCCUUAGAAAAUUCAGGACAACAAUGGGACUUUCCAAAUGGAUGGGCGCCAUUGCAGCAUAUGAUAGUGGAAGGCCUGGUGAGGUCAGGGUCACACAAGGCCAAGUCAUUAGCGGAAGAGAUAACAGUGAGAUGGAUCAACAGCAACUACGCUGCGUACAAGAAGACAGGUAAAAUGCACGAAAAGAUGGACGUGGAAACUUGUGGACAAUUCGGUGGUGGUGGCGAAUCUGUUAUCCCUCAACUCUCGUCGCUCUUACCAAAUGCCAAACAGUCCAGCAAUCCUGUCGCAGAGAUGGCCAGAAGCAUCAUUUUACUGACGUUUCUUCUGCUGUCCAGUUCCUUGCUGCUCUCAUCACGAGCUUCUACAAUGGGCGUUCUUCAGAGCGGGACUGUGAUACCCACCACGCCCCUGGUGGAAUUCCUCGUACGAGUUCAAGAAACCGCGUUCCAGACUCUUGGCGGGGAGAAAGGGUUCGACCCUAAAUGGUUCGUUGAUGUGUCUCUCAAGUUCAAUCUAUCUCACACCCAGAAGGUGUUUGAUGGAUUGCCAAGGAAGGCCGAUGGGGUUGUCCCGGUUCAGGAGUUUCGCAGGUUUGUGGCAGAGCAAUUUGAUGAUGCUGGGAGUGAUCUUGUGGCGCAUGAGCCAGUGGAUUUUGUUGCGGAGCCUGAUGGGUUCUUGCCCAUGGUGUUGAAUCCCAAGGUCAGGGUUUGGGCGCUGGAAGUUCAUUCCUUGUGGAAGAAUCUCAGCAGGAAAGUGUCUGAUCAUGUUCACAAAUACCCGGAACUCCACACUUUGCUUCCCCUGCCGGAACCGGUGAUAAUUCCAGGUUCACGGUUCAGGGAGGUUUACUACUGGGAUUCUUACUGGGUUAUCAGGGGUUUGCUUGCAAGCAAAAUGUACGAUACUGCCAAAUCAAUUGUGAUUAACCUGAUAUACCUGCUGGAUACCUAUGGCCAUGUCCUGAAUGGCGCAAGGGCCUAUUACACCAAUAGAAGUCAGCCUCCCCUUCUCAGUUCAAUGGUAUAUGAGAUAUACAACAGAACAGGAGACGUUGAAUUUGCUCAGAAGGCACUUCCUGCAUUGAUCAAGGAGCAUAAGUUUUGGACUUCUGGGGAACAUAAUGUCGCUGUCCUUGAUGCUAAAAAUACCAACCACAGCUUAAGCCGGUAUUUUGCAAUGUGGAAUGAACCUAGGCCUGAAUCUGCAAUCUUUGAUAAGGAGUCUGCUGCCAAUAUUUCCGGUGCUUCCAAGAAGCAGCAAUUCUAUAGAGAAGUUGCUUCAGCAGCUGAGACAGGUUGGGAUUUCAGUACCAGAUGGAUGGGAAAUAACUCAGACUUCACUACAAUGUCUACGACAUCUAUCUUGCCUGUUGAUCUAAAUGUGUACUUGCUGAAGGUGGAACUUGACAUCACAAGCUUGGCGCGUGCCACGGGAGAGGAAACUAUUGCUAAGAGUUUCUCCAAGCUCUCUGAAGCAAGACAAGAAGCUAUAAGAUGUGUGUUUUGGAAUGCCGAGAAGGGACAGUGGUUUGACUACCGGCUUUAUGAUGACGACGAUGAUGAUUCGAGUCAUCCUCACACGUGGAAAGGCUCAAACCAAAACCAGCAUGCAUUUGCUUCCAAUUUCGUCCCCUUGUGGAUUGAUCUGUUCCAUUCAGACACAACAUUCGUGGAGCAAGUGACACAGAGUCUAGAAGGUUCAGGCCUGGUUCGUGCUGCAGGCAUAGCCACUUCCUCAGAGAAGUCAGGGCAACAAUGGGACUUUCCAAAUGGAUGGGCACCAUUGCAGCAUAUGAUUUCGGAAGGCUUGGGUCGAUCAGGGUCACACAAGGCCAGGUCAUUCGCUGAAGAGAUAGCAACGAGAUGGAUCAACAGCAACUAUGGCGCGUACAACAAGACCAGCUCCAUGCACGAGAAGCUCGACGUGGAAGCUUGUGGAGAUUUCGGCGGCGGUGGUGAAUACGUCCCUCAGACGGGAUUCGGGUGGUCGAAUGGUGUUGUACUGGCAUUACUGGAGGAGUUUGGAUGGCCUCACGACAAGAACUUCGGCUGCUAA